AUGAGAGCGAUCCUUCCUAUCUGCGGGAUAUCGUGCCAGUCUAACCGAGGUGAAGUUCAAUGUCGUGUGGCAUCAUUCCCAGCUAUCUCCCGCUGCACGAACCGACCCACACACAACGAUAGUAAGGUUGAACGGCCUUUGAAACAAAACAAACAUUCAUUAGCAGCGGUCGAUUUUAUCAGACAGUGUGAGAAAGCUGCGAUUAAGAACCCUCCCAGGAAGGAACUCAACCUGGGCACCGUAAUCUACUCAACUCAUUUCCAGUCUUCCACAAUCAUUGCACAAACAUCACGUUUCACGAUAAACUUACCCAAAUUCCAAACCAACCAAUCUCGGUCUCGUAACCGGUCUCAAAUAAACAGACACGAAUCAGAAAUAACACUGAAAGCAUUACCGCCAAUCAUCCACGAACUGAAGAGACGUUACCGAUUUACGUAA